AGGAAAUCCAAAACCCAAAAACGAAAAAUAAAAAAGAGCACCAACCAACCGCGCAAACACAUAAUUAUUGGCCCCAAAUAAUAAACAAAUAAAAGUAGGGAACAAAAAAAUGGCGCUUUAUUUUGGGUUUUAAUACUCCAACUCCCUCCCUCAUCUCCCUGAGUCCCACCCAAUCAAAAUAUAUGAAAAGCUAAUAAUUUAAUUAAAUAAAUAAAUAAAUAAAAAUAUAUAAAACAAUUCCCUCCGCUUUGGGGCUGAAAUCUCCACUUCUCCUCCCUAAUCCCAUUUUGUUUCCUUCACUUCACCUUUUUGUUCUCAGCUCAGCUUGACUCACUGUCAUGGCGGAGCAACACCAGAGCGUGCGUGUCACGCGUUCUGCUAAAAAAAGGUCUGCGGCGGCGGCCUCCUUGGUCCACGACGACGGCGACCGCCCAUCGUCUAAGAAUAAAAGGCGCGUUGUUUUGGGUGAGCUCCCCAACUUGUCUAAUGUCGUUUCUUCUGGGGUUGAUCCCAAAAAGCCCAAACGCGUUACCAAAACGAAGAAGCUUCAGAAGGUGGUGCCCGCAACCGCCUCGACCACCACCACCGAAGCUACCGGAGACGAACAUAGUGAGAGUUUGAAUCGUGAACCGGCGGCGUUGGAUGAUCCACAAAUGUGCGUUCCUUAUGUCUCUGACAUUUAUGCAUAUCUUCAAGAAAUUGAGGCUGAUCCAAACAGACGACCUCUACCAGAUUACAUGGAGAAAGUUCAAAAGGACAUUACAGCUGGUAUGAGGGGAAUUUUGGUUGAUUGGUUGGUAGAAGUUGCAGAGGAAUACAGACUACUUUCCGAUACUUUAUUCCUCACUAUUUCCUUCAUUGAUAGAUUUUUGUCAAUGAAGACUUUGGAUCGCCAGAGUCUUCAGUUAUUAGGAGUUUCUUCAAUGCUGAUAGCGUCAAGAAAGUAUGAAGAGAUUGGCCCUCCUCAUGUUGAAGAUUUUUGCUAUAUAACGGAUAAUACUUACACUAUGGAAGAGGUAGUGAAGAUGGAAAGUGAAGUACUUAAGUCAUUGAAGUUUGAAUUGGGCAAUCCUACCAUAAAGACCUUUGUAAGGAGAUUUAUUAACGUUGCUCAAGAGAGUAACAAACCUCCUCCAAACUUACAUUUGGAAUUUUUGAGUUACUAUCUUGCUGAGCUAAGUUUGUUGGACUAUCAUUGUGUGAAAUUCCUGCCUUCUUUGGUGGCAGCAUCUGUUAUAUUUCUUGCGAGGUUCAUAGUUAAGCCAAAGGUGUUUCCUUGGACGUUGACCCUGCAAAAUCAUUCAAGAUACACACCACCUGAUUUAAAGCAAUGUGUUCUUAUUAUACACGAUUUGUAUCUAAGUAGAAGAGGGGAGUCUUAUCAAGCUUCAAGAAGGAAAUACAAGCAACAUAAGUUUAAAUCUGUGGCGAUCAUGCCUUCUCCUCCGGAGAUACCAACUCACUAUUUUGGAGAUAUUAGACAAUGAUAGAGAAAAGGUGAUUUUUGGAUGACUUGGGUUUGUCAAUAGAAGUUGAUUUUGUUGGUCCAGACUGUUGGAAAUAGGCUACUAUGACAUUCUGCUGCUGUUGCUGCUCACAAUAAUGGUUGUGAAGCUGGAAACUCUCUACAACUUUUGUAGUGAGAUUGCGUAUAUAUUAUAGUUCUUAGUGAUUCUUUUGAGGUGGAGUUGUUUUCUCACGAUGGCAAACAACAUUUUGGGAUGACAUUGGUUCAUUUCACUUGGAAUGAUGUAUGCGUAUAGUUUGGGACAUGAAAAUUCUUAAUGAAGCAGUUAGCCCUUUUAUAUUGUCUCGCAGCUCGGCUUUUUUAUCUUUUUCCUUUUUAUGCGUAUAGUUUCUGAAAUACGACCUUAAUGAACAGGCAACUAAUGUAAGCUUUCAUUUGUUUUUCUUUUCUUAUUGAUAUAUUGACAUUUGUCUUAGACCAAGAAAUCUAAUUAUCCACAGUAGCAAUUC